AUGGACGAAGAAGCUACACACCGGACAGCAGGCCGCGUUCAAGAGGAAGGAGCUAUACCCGUAGUCCGACACCGAGAGAUGGGUCGCCAGCACCUCGAGGCGCAAAGCACCCUGCUAAUCGUCCAGCAGAUCGUAGUGGAAGCCUUGACCAGGAAUGUCAAAGAGGAUCAUGUGCGCGAGAUAUUUGGCAAAUACGGUGUCAUCAAGGAUCUCAGGAUGCCUAUGAAUCCGACCUUCAACAUCAACCGCGGCAUAGCCUACAUCCUGUACGAAGAGAUCGACGAUGCUGAACGUGCGAUCGCGAAAAUGCACGAAGCACAGCUAGACGGCGCAAAGAUUCAAGUCUCGAUUGUACUUCCCCGACGUCGUUUCUCACAGACACCUCCGCCAGCGCGUAGAGGUCCACCACCGCGCGACGACUAUGACGGUGGCUACGGACGCGGGGGACGGGGACCGAGAGGCGGAGGCCCAUCUGGCGCAUACAGACCACCACCUAUGGACGGACCAUCGCGCUAUCGCUCUCCACCACGCCGAAUGUCACCUGAUCGAGCACACUGGAGUCGGGGCAGAGGCGGCCGUGGUGGACGAGGGGGAUAUGGAGGACGACCGCGGUCAUACACACGAUCUCGCAGCCGGUCACCACGGCGAAGCGUGUCGCGUUCCUCCUACAGUCGGUCGCCAUCCAGAACACCACCGAGACGAAGCGGGGGAGGAGGUUACGGCAGGCGGGAUAGUCCGCCAAGGAGAGGAGGCCGCAGCGGUGGAGGCGGAGGACGGAGAAGUCCCAGUUAUAGCUCCUAUGGCAGCGACCGCAGUCGGAGUAGAGAUCGCAGAUAA